GACAAGGAGUUUCACACCGAGAGGUUGGCCUCCGAUCAGUCGGUGGACAUCCGAGUGGUCGGGCAUGUGAUCACACACUCCACCACUUUUCUCAUCCGAAUACACGGAACCUUUAUGAUAGUAGCGUGGCUGGGAUGUGUGAGCAUUGCCAUAUUCAUGGCCCGGUAUUUCAAGCACCUGUGGCCCGAGGAAACACUAUUUGGAGUUCAGAUAUGGUUUGCGGUCAACACAUCGAUCACUAAUGCUAUCAUCACUGAUCAUGAUAUUGAUAGCAUCCAUAAGUAUCUGGAUAUAUGUGGGCACAUUUAUACCGGGUCCGCACCAGUUGUUUGGUUUGGCAGCCAUUAUAAUAUCGGUGGUGAACCCGAUUGGGGCCGCAAUGAGACCCAAACCCUUGUCGUCCAAGCGAUGGAUAUUUAA